AUGGAGGCCAGGGGAAGACCUCAAAUAAGAGCUCCAUGGGUGGCUCCAUGGUGGAAGCCGCAACGAAUGAGAAGAGAGGCAAGACCCUGGAUGAUGGAGGCAUCACGAGCAUGGAUGACGACGUUAGCAGAGGGAGCAAGGGCGCGCAGGUGUGCGGGUGCACGGGCACCAUUGGGCACAACGCUAGGCGUUGGAUCGCUUAGGGAAUCGAUGGAAGAUGCCCUAGGAGCAUUGAAACGACACCAACACAAUGAGCAAGUUGGGCUAUGCCAGGGGUUGCUUGGACGGUAUGGAGAUCCCAAAUGA